AUGUCCGAGAAAUCCUAUUCUACCAUCGAAGAGGAGGAGGAACGAAUAAACCGCGAUGUCGAGCCGAGUAGAAUAGCGAAGUGUUUCAAGGCACUAUUCUGUUGCUUCAGACGCGAAUCAAACGCGAGAGAGAUCGUCAGAUACGAUCCCGACGAGUAUGAUUACAUUGUCGAGAAGCUCAUCGUGAAGCGCGUGCCGCUCGCGCUUUUCGCGAUCCCAGCUGAUCUCGCGGAUCGACGUAGACCCGAUGACGCGACGUCGGAUGACAUUUCGCAAUCGUCGUCCUUGUCUGCUUUUGGCGGGAAUAAUCUUAGCGCAAAUGCCGUCACACGAGGAACGUAUCCCACCUCGACGAGGAUGGACAGACCUGUAUAUGAUUCCGCGGCGAAUAAAGCUUUGGGCUCUGAUACAAAUAAAAAUCAAGAUUUAAGCUUGGAUGGUCAAGCAAAGUCCUCGAUUUGGAAACAAGGGAUUCUGAAUAGAUACAGUGCUCUACAUCCGGACUUGAAGGAAUUCGAGAGGCCGUCCAAGAAUCUGUCGAAUUUUCCGCGAAGCAAACUGUCAUUCGCGGAGGAUAUUUCUGUGCCGUCCAACACGAGGACCGACAUUUCCUCCAGGACCUCGACGUCCUCCAUCACCGUUCAGGAGGAUGUUCCAACCCGGGACGAUUCUGCUCGUCACGGAUCUGUUUUUAAGAGCGAGAGAAAUGAUAAAUCACAAGCAAAGAAGGAUAUCGAUAAAGAUCGAGGAAAAUUCGUUCUUGGACGAAACCGGAGAUACAUAGUAUCACCGUUUCGAGUUAGACGAGGUUCCCUCGAUCUUACUAAACCGAAAAAUGUCGUCGAGGAUUUUGGCGUGGACGGCAAGUCGUUAGCAUACAUUCAAGAAUCCGUUGAGGAGAAAUCCUCGGAAUUAACGGAGGAUUCGAAAGAUCACGAUUUACAAUCAAACACAGCGGUCAGAUGGAGAAUUACUAUUAGACGUCGGCGCGCAAACGCGGACUCAGAGCCGCGUUCUUUAGAAGGGGAAAUGCAUCGGUGAGGAUAUAUCACCGCACGUACUG